AUGGCAUUGCCAGUCUCUGCGACUGGCUUUGAAGUGAGUUCUGUUUGGUACACUCGUGGAAGUUUCAUAUUUCCUGGGGCACAGCCGUUUCCGCAUCGUAGCUUUUCUGAAGAAGUAGCUGCUCUAGACGGCCAUUUUGGCAAACAUGGGCUAAACAGCAAGGCCUAUGUGAUGGGUGGUGCUGAUGAAGAUCAGAAAUGGCACGUCUACUGUGCAUCUGCUGCCCCAACGAAAGAUUUAUGCCCUGUGUACACUCUAGAGAUGUGCAUGACCAAUUUGAACCAGAAGAAGGCCUCUGUAUUUUACAAGACUCAAUCAAGCUCUGCAGCUGUCAUGACUGAAGCUUCCGGCAUCAGGAAAAUUCUCCCCGAUUCUGAGAUAUGUGAUUUUGAUUUUGAUCCAUGCGGUUACUCCAUGAAUGCUGUUGAAGGGGCUGCAAUCUCUACAAUUCACGUGACUCCAGAGGAUGGGUUCAGUUAUGCAAGUUUUGAAGUAGUUGGAUACGAUUUCAAAGUGGUUAACUUGACCCUGCUACUAGAGAGGGUACUGGCUUGCUUCCAACCAGCCAAGUUUUCCAUAGCUUUGCAUGGGAAGGACCUUGAUCUGGACUUGACACGUAAUAUGAAGGGAUAUGUAUGUGCAGAAAGGAGCUUUGAAGUUGUUGGUCAUGGUGGAUCUAUUAUCUACAGCAGCUUUAUCAGUGCUGGAAACUGCAGCUCUCCAAGGUCAAUUCUGCAAUUCUGCUGGGACGAGAACCAGGACGAGGAAGUCGAGAAGAAACAAUUGUGA